CUCUCCCUCUCUCUCACACAAAAACACACAUACUCGUCGGUUUAUUUGUUUUUCCAGGCUGUCCGCUCACCUGUGCUCCCACCCCAAUUUUUCUCCGAUCUCCUUUGUUGUUAUUACUUUCAGGGCAAAUCCCCCAUUACCACCUAUAAUAACCAGAUUUCUAUUUUUUGUUAAUUAAUUAUGUAUUAACAGAGUCCUGUCGAAGAGAAUUAAUAAGUGAGGAGAACUCGGGCAAGGGGAAAAAAAGAAUAACAAAAAAGAGGCCCAUGAAUUUGGGCUCAGGCACCGCCUCCCGGUUACUUUGUACGCUUGGAUACAAAGAGUGUUGAAGGCGAUCUUUAUUUUAGAAAGAGAUCAAGGAUGCGGAGGUGGUUGUGUUGCACCUGUCAAGUAGAGGAGUCCUAUCAGCCCCAUGAAAAUGAGCACUUGAAGAGCCCAACCAGUCAUGCUGAUGGACAUCAAAGAGGCUCUAAAGCUUCAGCUCCAGUUAAGCAUGAUGUUCAGAAGGCAGUACCUCCUAUUGAGGUGCCUGCUCUGUCAAUAGAGGAACUGAAAGAGAAAACUGACAAUUUUGGGUCGAAGGCAUUAAUUGGUGAAGGAUCUUAUGGAAGAGUGUACUUUGCACAACUGAACAAUGGAAAUGAGGUUGCUGUCAAGAAGCUUGAUGUGUCAUCUGAGCCUGAUUCCAGUGUUGAGUUUUUGACUCAGGUAUCCAUGGUAUCAACACUGAAGCAUGAAAAUCUUGUUGAAUUGCUUGGUUACUGUGUAGAUGGCGAUCUACGUGUGUUGGCUUAUGAAUUUGCAACCAUGGGAUCUCUCCAUGACAUUUUGCAUGGAAGGAAAGGAGUGCAAGGUGCACAGCCUGGGCCUGUACUUGACUGGAUGCAACGUGUAAGAAUUGCUGUGGAUGCUGCCAGGGGAUUGGAAUAUUUGCAUGAGAAGGUUCAGCCUUCAAUAAUCCAUAGAGAUAUCAGAUCCAGCAAUGUACUGCUUUUUGAAGACUACAAAGCCAAGAUUGCGGAUUUCAACCUUUCAAAUCAGGCUCCUGACAUGGCUGCCCGUCUUCAUUCUACCCGAGUUCUGGGAACCUUUGGUUAUCAUGCUCCAGAAUAUGCUAUGACAGGUCAGCUGACACAGAAGAGUGACGUUUAUAGCUUUGGGGUUGUUCUGCUUGAGCUUCUGACUGGAAGAAAGCCUGUUGAUCACACCAUGCCUCGUGGGCAGCAGAGUCUAGUUACAUGGGCCACGCCAAGGCUGAGUGAAGACAAAGUGAAGCAAUGUGUUGAUCCGAAACUAAAGGGAGAGUAUCCUCCAAAAGGAGUUGCCAAGCUGGCGGCUGUUGCAGCAUUGUGCGUGCAGUAUGAAGCUGAGUUCCGCCCGAAUAUGAGCAUUGUUGUCAAGGCUUUGCAGCCUCUCUUGAAGUCAACUGUCCCACCUCCUGAGAUUUGAGCCAAGUUUGCUUUGUUUUUGUGCGUUUUGCACAGUUUGGGGUCUUUUCUUUUUUCAUGAAGAUUAAAUGCCAUUUUAUUAUUUGUUCUCCUUUCUCUGGGUUUUAGACCAUUGCUGAUAAUACUUGGUAUUGGUAGUAGUGAUGUUAAUAUAAAGAUGAACAACACUGGUGUACUAUAUAGGUGGAUGCGCCUCUUAAAACAUAAGUAAUACACAGAUUUGAUUAUUUUUACUUCUCUUUUAACCUUGAGUGAGCAUAGAUAGCAUGCUUUGUCUGGCUUGUUGCUUUUUUUGCAAGUGACGCAGUCCUAUCAUCUGUAGUUGACCUGCCGUUUGGCUUUGUCGUCAUUUGCUGUGAGAUACUUACUACCAAUAUGCUACAUUAUACAAUUUACAAAAUGACGAUUUUUAAAGCACAUGCAUAUUACAAAAUAGUGG